AUGGAGAAAUACAAGAGAGGCCCUGUUUUAGGCAGCGGUGCAUAUGGAACCGUGUACAAAGUGACUUGUCUGACAACUGGGAAGGAGUAUGCCUUGAAAUAUCACAACAGCAACAGAGGCAUAGAAGAUACAAUAGUGAGAGAAUUUUCAUGUCUCACUGCACUAAGGGGUCACCCAUAUGUGAUCGACAUGCACGAUUGUUUUGUAGAUGAUGGCAAGAUAGCCAUGCUCAUGGCCUACGCACCCUACACGUUGAGCGACGCUAUCCACAAUGGAUACGGUGUGAAGUCGUACUACGAACAAGACCGUUGGCUACAGUGUCUCCCUUUGAGUUUCGUUGCUCACUUUAGUACACAGGUGGCUAAUGCCCUGUCAUACAUGCACAGACGGAAUAUAAUACACAGGGACAUUACGCCUUACAACGUGCUGCUGACAGAAGAUCUCACAGUGAAAGUGGCUGACUUGGGCCUCUCUAGACUUUCCAUGGAAGUGAUGAGCCCAAAUGUGGUCACGGAGCCCUACAGGGCCCCUGAAUUGUUUUCCCAAAGACAUGCAUCUGCAAAGUACACAUGUGCCAUAGACAUGUGGAGUCUAGGGGUUAUGAUAGUGGAUGCAAUGCAAGGGAGGUGUGUAUUCGUUGGCAGUAACAUCAGAUGUGAGAAUAAGUCCAUCUACAAGAUCAUCACAAGGACUCUAUUUCCCAAAGAGAACCACAGUGCAUCCACAAGCACACACUGCGACCCUGACAACAUAAUGCCUAAAGUGAUGCAGUGUGAACUAGUGAAAAGGAUAGUCUUCAGAUUGCUCACUGUCCGUGACACAGAGAGAAUGUUGGCUCAUGAACUGCUUCAGGACAGAGAAUGGAUGCAUGCUGCCGAUAUGACCAAGGAAGACCAAGAUAUAGUCAGAGGCCAGAUACAGAGAAAUGAAAGUACAGAUUGUGCGAAGUGA